GUCUUUUGUCUGACAUCAAAGCUUAUACUAAAACUUGGUCUUUUAGAUGCGAAAGACUUAUUGGAGGUUUUCGUAUCUUUGGAGAAAAAACAUGGCUUUUAUGAUUGAUAAUUUGUCGAGCGAAUGGCAAGCUGUAGACGCGACAAUAGAUCCAACCUCGGAAGGUUAUAAGGAAUUCCUAAUUUGCCAUCGAUGUCCUGUGGAUGACAAUAAGAAAGAUUUCAAAUAUUCAGCUAGUAUAAUAUCAGAUGACUCCAAACCAGCAGAACUAUUGUUACAUGGAGCCAAGGGAAGGGAUCCUCUUCAUGGCAUCCAGCGCCCAUUGCUUAAAGUCAAGGACAAUGAAAUAAUUGGCAUGGACGUGUGUGGGGAACGCUGUGAGAAGAAACAAUAAAUGUACCUAUAUAAUCAUG